GAGCGUCCUCUCCAACUCGUUUCCCCGACGCCCUCGUGGGCUAGACCGUCCUCACUCAGCUCGAAUGCUCGGCUGCCCCAGCGGCUAGAGCGUCCUUAUUCAACUCGUAUGCUCGGCGGCCCCGGCGGCUAGAGCGUCCUCCUCCCGGGAGCCGCGUGUGACCUUCCCGCCCGCGGACCGAUGCUGCCGGUGGCCGCUCGCCCCCUUUGGGGGCCGUGUCUCAGGCUUCAGGGCGCUGCGCUCCGUCUCCCCAGGCUGACAGCCUUGUUUGAAUGGGGGGCUAGGCAACAGCUGCCCCGUGUCUGUGCCGCACGGCUGAUGAGAUGCGGCAACCAUCGAAUGGGGGAGGCCCUCGCCGGUGCACCCCUGGAUAACGCGCCCAAGGAGUACCCCCCCAAGAUCCAGCAGCUGGUCCAGGACAUCGCCAGCCUCACACUCCUGGAGAUCUCAGAUCUCAACGAGCUUUUGAAGAAAACACUGAAGAUCCAGGAUGUUGGGCUCAUGCCGAUGGGCGGCACGAUGCCCGGAGCGGCCCCUGCAGCAGCAGCACCCCCCGAGGCGGCAGAAGAAGACAUCCCCACACAGAAAGAACAGACACAUUUCACUGUCCGCCUAACAGAGGCAAAGCCCACGGACAAAGUGAAGCUGAUCAAAGAGGUCAAGAACUACAUCCAGGGCAUAAAUCUCGUCCAGGCAAAGAAGCUGGUGGAGUCCCUGCCCCAGGAAAUCAAAGCCAAUGUUGCCAAGGCGGAGGCAGAGAAGAUCAAGGCAGCUCUGGAGGCAGUGGGCGGCACCGUGGUUCUGGAGUAGGCCUGCUCUGAGGACUGGUGGACAGGGACCUGGGCGAUUCCCCAACAUCUGGGACCCGCUGGUGGGAGCGGCCUCCGCACAGAACUCCUGCACCGGACCUCUGGGCCAGUUCCGUUCGGGGACGGGCAGAUGGACCUGCUGAGCUUGGGGUCGCGGCACCUGUGUGAGCACUGGGGAGACGGAAUCUAGAACAUACCACGGUCAACACACACCCCCUGGUGGCCACUGAGAAAAAUACAUUGUUUGGGCGUGGUGUGUGCAGACUGCUGUGUCUGGGUGGGCUGCCAGGUGGGCAGGGCGGAGCUGGCUAGGACAGCCACCUGGAGGUGGCAGGGCUCCUUACUGGCCCCCAUCAUUCCCCAGUGGGAUGUGUGGGGGUCGGCCGGUGAUCUUUGGGUCCUUUGUGUGCAGGGGCCUGACCUCACAGGGCUGGCAGCGGCACACAGGCGGGGGGGGGUGGGCAGCGCCGGUCCUGCCUGGGUGGCAGCAGCUGGCCCGUGGCUGAUGCCAGCUCAUCACCCAGGAGGUGGGUAGGGGGCACCUGGGGUGGCCGUUAGCGGACUGAGGUGAGAGGUGAGGCAUGUGCCUGAGAAUGGCAGGACCAGAAGGGGACAUUGUGUCUGGGAUAGAACCCCUCAGGACAGGCCUGGGGAGCUGCUGUGCUCCCGGGGGUGCGCCCAGCACACAGAGGGUAUGGUUCCUGCUGGACUCCUUGUAAGAAGGCUGUUCCCUGACCCAGAGAGCCGUCCUAGAGAGUUAAUGAUUCACCCUCAGCAGAUCUCUGGGCGUGCCUUCCCUCAACAGGUGACUACUAGGCGCCCUGGGGCAGGGAUGGCUGGCCAAGUGUCCUGCUGACCCAGCUGCUUUUUCCUGGGGGGAGUGAUCUGAACUCAGGGACUGUCCUCGGCCUUCCUCAGGUCACCUCCAGAGUCUGUUCUCUGAGCCCCUUUGUCUUUCCAGGGGAGUUGGGGUAAUGAUGAGGACUCCCUCCCUCCCCUUCCCUCUUCUUGGGAUGAUGGGGUGUACUGGGGGUGCUGCUCAAAAGUGCAGGCGGUGCUCCACCCCAGGGCCAUCAGACUGUCGGGCCACCCCCGUUCCAUCUGCCUCACCCCAGGCUAGGACAGUGCUCAGAUGGUGUUCACUUGGUGCCCCCCACCUGACCUCACGGGCCCUGAUGGUCCAACCCCCAUCCCCCCAGCUCCAGUGCUGACCUGCUCUGGUCUGCCGCUGGCCAGUGAAGUUGUGUCUCCAACCUGGCAGUAGGUGGGUGAGCCCGGAGUCCUGGGCUUAGCAGGGGAGUAGGUCUGGCGUGCAUCCUGCGUUGCCCUGAUGGCACCACGGGAAAACCUUACAGGGCCUGCCAGAUCCUGCGAGGAGUUAGCCUGCUGGGUCUUUGUGCAGGCUAAUGAAACAUGGAAGAGGGGGAUCUGGAGCUGACCCCUGCCUCCUGCCCACCCCAGGGACCCUGGAUCUGCCUGGCCCCCCACGUGACCCCAUCGUCCUCGCUAGGCAGCAUGAGGACAUGGGAAUGCCGCCGCGCAGACAGGCCCCCGCCCGAGAGGCCUGGCCAGGCAGCCUUGUUUUCAGUAGCUCGCCUCAGUUCCCCGUCUAAGACCUCGGGUUUAUGCACAAGUUGUUAUCCAUUUGAGAAUUCAGCUGCGGAUCUUUUUUUUUUUUUUUAAAGAUUUUUAAAAAUUUAUUUAUUUGACAGAGACAGCCAGCGAGAGAGGGAACACAAGCAGGGGGAGUGGGAGAGGAAGAAGCCAGGCUCCUAGCGGAGUAGCCUGAUGUGGGGCUCGAUCCCAGAACGCUGGGAUCACGCCCUGAGCCAAAGGCAGACGCUUAACGACUGCGCCGACUGCGCCGCCACCCAGGCGCCUCUCGGCUGCGGAUCUUUUUGAGUUCGCUGACCUACAGUUUCCAGAGUGCCACCAGUUUCUUAAAAAGGUGCCCCAUCCUUGGUGCAUUUUCCAUUUUCCAGGAUGGCUCCACACUUUGCUCUCCCCGAGCGUUCCCAGGGGUCGAGGGAGUUGGCAGGUUGCAGCGUGCUGUGCAGCUGCUUUCCACAUUUCACUUUCCAGAUCUCUCCAGUUUCUCCUCCGAAGCCUCCGGGAUCCGCCAAGCUCACUCGGGGCGGUACUGGUCUGUGCACUGGGGUCUCCCUGCCUGCUGCGGGUGUAGGACCCUGUCUUGAGGACGUGACCACAGGGAGGGGGCGGCCCUCACCCACCCAGGGACCCCACCCUAGCUUUCUGGGCUGUCCCUUCCACUGGCCGCCUCUGGGAUUAGCUUCUUUGUAGUCAGGAGCUGAUGACCUUGCCCUUGGCUGAGCUUGAAUUAUCCUGAAGGAGACCUGCUUCUGGGCAGUUUUGUGCGGCUGGUCUCAGAGAGGUGUGGGCUUGAAGAUGCUACUUACUUCACAUGGGACUGUAGAUAAGGAGGCCACUCCCCUGCAACCUACCAGUCCCGUCUUUUAGCUCUGUUUCUUUAAACAAAGGGCUUAGGUGUGGAAGCCGUCUCAUUGUUUGGUGACAUAUUUUCACAUUUCCUUGCAGAGCUUUGGUGUGUGUCCUGCAUCUUAUCUGUUUUUCUUUUUUCUUAAUGGAAUUGUUUUUCCUAAUUUAAUUUCAGUUUGUUUAUUGCUGAUACAUAGAAAUACAGUUGAAUUUUUUAAAGGC